UGGGUGCUGACCCAGAGUCAUGGUCGUUGUGACGAGGAGCGCUGGAGCACGGAAGGUUUAGUGUCUCGAUCCUCUGCACGCUCCUCUAAAAGACGCGACAGGCACCGCGGUUUUAGUUGUUUAGCCACCUUCUGCAUCUUUUGUCUCGGCAGGAUCCAACAAUGAGGGUCGCGCAUAUUAUUUCAGUACCAGCCCUUGCGGCGAGUGUGGCAGCUCAAGCCAGUGGCACCAUUUUCGAGCCGCAGGACUUCAACGUGACAGCGGCACUCGAAGACAUUGGCGUCGACGUCUCAAUACUACCUGAGGCACCCGCACUGAGUAAGAAGUCCUCGUUUACACCAUGCUCGUUUGCUUGUACUUCUUUGACAAUUCUGUUCGGCCACGAUCAAGUGUUGUCUGAUGGAGAACCUGCGUACGAGUCCUUCACUGGAGCAUACUGGUCUGCUCAGCAAGGCUUACUGAACCCAUCGUGCGUGUUCAAGCCCGCAAAAACCGUAGACGUCUCAACAUUGAUAUUGAUUGCGCGACUAUACCAAUGUCCAUUCGCUGUGAAAGGUGGUGGCCAUGCGGCAUGGGCCGGUGCAUCUAGUAUCGAAGACGGUAUCACUAUCUCUAUGGAGAACUUCAACCAAGUCAAGGUAUCUUCCAACAAACAGACUGUCGACAUCGGCCCUGGCCUCCGAUGGGUCGACGUCUACACUGCUGUUGAGAAGGACGGUCUUAGUGUGGUAGGAGGACGAAUGGCCCCUGUUGGUGUACCUGGACUCAUCCUUGGAGGAGGCAUCUCGCAUUUCUCGAAUAAGCUUGGUUGGGCCUGUGAUAACGUGGCAAGCUUUGAUCUUGUUACUGCCUCGGGCCUCGCCAUCAAUGCCAGUCCGACAUCCUAUGCUGACCUGUAUUGGGCCUUGAGAGGAGGAGGUAACAAUUUUGGAAUUGUGACCAAUUUCAAGCUGGCCGCCUUCCCCCUAGGUCAGAUGUGGGGAGGUCAGCGGGUUUAUCUGGAAAACUCUUUCCCAAAUGUUCUUGACGCAAUCUACCAGUUCACCGUCACGGGAUCGUCUAAGGAUGUUGAUGCUGCCCAGAUUGUUACUUUCGCCAGUGCUCCUGGCAUCGGGAAGGUCGCCUUCGCCAACUUACACUACGCAAAACCAGUUGCCAACGCGUCAGUCUUCGACAGCUGGAACAACAUCACCGCUAUCGAUGACACCACUGGCCUUCGAACAAUGUCGGGAAUGGCCACCCUUCUCAACGAGGGGUCUCCCGCGCCUGGCGCUUACCAGACAUGGUGGGGUGUUAGCCUGAAAAUGGACAGACAACUGCUCCAAUUCAUCAUCGACACCUUCUACGAACAGGAAACGACCAUCGCAGACGUCGAGAAGAUUCUUCUCAUCAUGGCCGUUCAGCCCAUCACUGAAGGUGCAUUGACGGCUAUGCAGAAGCACGGAGGUAAUGCUCUAGGUCUCGACCCGAAGAAUGGCCCGUAUUUCAUCCUGAACUUCAAUGCUGCCUGGAACAAAAAGGAGGACGAGCCUAGAUUCCACGAGGUCAUCUUCAAUAUUAUCAAACUUGUGGAAGCCGAGGCGAAGAGACGGAAUCUUGGCAACGACUUUGUCUACCUGAACUACGCAUCCGAGUAUCAAGAUCCGAUUGGCAGCUAUGGAGCAGCUAACAAGCAGAGGUUAAUCAGUAUCUCGAAGAGAUAUGACCCAACACAGGUCUUUCAGUACCUUCAACCUGGUGGCUUCAAGUUGAUUAAGGGAGCACCGAACCCAGAUACGCCUUAGCAAAGGUUCUUUUGUGUAAUCCCAGCAUUUUAUAGCAUGAUUGGAUGUAUUCGCGAUCCCCAACAGUGCCAACCACCACGUCCCUGAUCCCAUGCGCACACAUCGUAGAUCUUCGUUAUAGUUUGCUCGAAUGGAGGCUCAAAAGCAGCCUUACGCCGGCUCUGUAUGCAUUAUCUUGCCAUCAACGGCUGAGACUAAGUUCGUCCAGGUAGAUACAUGCAUGGUGUUGGAAGUCAUGAACGUUAUCCUCACACAGGCCCUACGGCCAUAAUGUCGCGUCUUCCAGAGUGGACGCAGUAGCUGUCAUUGCGCCUAAGACGGUGUGACUCCAAACACCAUUGCCAGGG